CUUAAAAUGGCCAAUCACGGUUCAGACAACUGCUAGUACAUUCACCGGCGGCGAAUAUCAAUGUCACUGCUUUCGUGGUAUUUCGAUUAGUAACAUUCAGCUGAGUUCAAGAUUAGGAAAAUAUGUCCCUUUGAUGUAAAUUAUGUCACCAGUGAUUAAUAACAUACGUUGUGCGUUAAUGUGAGGAAAGAGCUGCAUUUCCGUAUGGAUCAGCAUAUAAUUCUUUAAGUACGGAAUUUUUAUGGAAGAUAUGGGGAAACUCGUCUAAAAGUCGCUUAGUCGUAUUGUUUCUGCAUUCGGAAGCAAAGCACACCGCAUUAUUUCUCCAUUAACGGAGAAUCCUUGUUCGUUUGAGAUAGUCUACAAAAUUCGGCGAACUAAAUUGUCAGUUACUUUCAAAAUGUCAAAUCCCUCCACUUUUCGCAGACAUUUUCCUGUCUAGACGGUUCCGAAAUUUCAUGGACGUGUGAUGCAAAAUCAGUCGAUGCCUACAAGUCAGUUAAGUAGUCAGUCGAAGCGUAGUUCAUAUGUAAAUUAUAAUAAAGUUCAAACGCCAACGACAUCUGGACAACAACAACAACAAGUUUGGCCAUCGUCUUUGCCAACGGUUGGAAGCGAGAAGAAUGUAUGCGACCUAAUGGGCUAGGUACUGGGAAAUCGGAUGUUUAUUACAUUAGUCCUCAAAAUCAAGUUGUUCGAAACAAACAAGAAAUGCAAGCAAUUUUAGGCGAUAAAUACGAUAUCGCUCUAUUUGACUGGAGAAUGGGGAAAUUUUCUCCAAACCUUCGGUCUAAAAGGUGUGAAGAACAAACGACAGAUGCUUCAUCAGCCAAAGUUCCACGUAUGGACAAUCAGUCUAGUCUACCACUGAGACGCUGUCCAUUCCCAGCAGCAAAUGAGAUUAAACCUGUUAUUGUACGUUCCCACCCUGAAUGCAAGAGAACAGAUGUGAAAAGUGGAAAUCUAGAAACUCCCCAUCAGCUAUUUUGGGAGAAACGAUUAGCUAAUAAUGUGGCUGUUAAUCCAGAUACUGGUGAACCUUUCAAAUCGAUUUCUUUACCUAAAGGAAUGCAGAGUGCUGGAGUACCAGGUUAUCAAUCUGCUCAAUUAAUUCAAAGCUUAAUUCAUGCACUAUCGAGUAAAAGUUCUCCAAUUAUUGGUCAAGAACAACAACCUGCUGCUAUUGAGAAAAACCCAUGUGUCACUAUAAAUCACUUACAACCUAUGAUCAAGACAUUUAUCGUGACAGAUGAUGACAUACGCCGUCAAGAAGCUCGUGUAAAAGAACUUCGAAAAAAUUGGAGACUGCAAGAAAAAAGUUACAUCCAAGGUAUGACACUGAACGGGAAGGAUGAUUUUUGCUUCCCCCUCUCCCUUCCGUAUCAUCAAGAACUAUCACUUUUGUGUACUAUUCUUUUAUGCUAAUUUUACUAUGGUUUUAUUGUUAUUGUCACCUUCGUUGCAUUUUAAAUUUAAUCCUCCUCGAAUGCUUAUACAAAUGGAUAUAAUAAUACAUGUUGACAACACGAUUCUGUUAGUUGUUUUUGUUGUAAUCUUAUUUUCGUCAUUGUGAUGACAAUACCACUUUUGACUUUCAUAAAUGUAUGAAAUUGAAGUAAGAUGUUAUGAUUACUGAUCAACAGGAUUAUAACUCAUUAA